AUGGUGCUCUGCUGCUGUCAAAAUGCGGAAGAUGCCGUGGCCGACAAGCGAGCGGAGAUUGCCACAAUGGAGCAAAAGGGCCUGAAACGAUGUACCCCACCAACAACGAUUCCGCGGCAGUGUGUGGCGGUAACUGUGGAAAUAAACGUGUAUAGCUUGUUGGAGCAGAACAAGAGGCUGAAGAAGCUGGGAAUGGGGGUCUACCACUGCGGUGUUGUCGUUUACGGCAUUGAAUGGGGGUAUGGGGAGUGUGUCGAGUCGGCUAACGCCUCAGGACUGUUUUGCGUGUACCCAGGGCAGGCCGCUGGCAAACUUUACCGCACAGUUUGCUUGGGUGUCACCACCCGAUCCCCACAGCAGGUCGAUACCGUCCUUCACAGGCUGGAAAAUGAGUGGUGCAGCAGUGAUUAUCAUAUUCUUAAUCAUAACUGCAAUCACUUUGCGCAGCGCUUCUGCGACUUGUUGUCCACGGUGCAAAAGUUGCGAGUUCCAUUGUGGUGCAAUCGUGCGGCACGGGUGUGUAACAGAAUUGUCCCAAAGAGGUUAGCUACAUACCUCCAUCGCUUGGUUGAUGAGGAGCCACCAAAGGCACGAGUAUCUGAUCUUUCACGCGUUGGUGAACUCCCAGAGUCUGUAAUACCGCGGGACUGGUACUUGCAUCCCUCCAUCUCACAGCAACCUCGUUACACAACCUCGUAUUUGUCUGGGGAGGCUAUUCCCUCUCCGCUUAAGGUGGUGAUGUCAAACUCGUAUUCCCCGUGUGCCAAUAGAGAGUCCAACACCCGCACGGACCUGGAUACAGGCUUGGACGAGACUGGUCCGGCCCUCGCCACUUCGAACACUGAUCUGUUACACCGCAUCUCUCUGGAGUGCAACAAAUAUUCACCCUCAGAUGCGUCGUUGCCGUUGCUGCAAAACAUGCAGGGGGUUCUCCAUCUGGCAACUGGGAGCGGCAUGUGUCUUCCAGGGCCCAAUGUCUCUCCAGCCGCCACUACUUUGCGUGUCGGCGAUGGUGGAUGGAGGGAAGAGCGAGGUGAAUCACCACUUGAGUCUCAAGCCUCUCAAGACACUGGUUCCCAUAUGGCACCAAUGAAACACGGGGAAGAGCACACAGGGAUUACAGACGUAAGCACCUAUAGUGAUGAUCAUGUACAAAGGGAUAUAGCGAGAGAGGAAGCACAGUCGAACAACGAAGGUAACGAAAACGAAAGUGUAUUCUACGCUGCGCUGCACGCUUCAGUGACAGUGGACAUGGACGGGCAAUCGGUUUCAGUUCAAGCUGAAGAAAAAGAUUUGCUGUCUAUGGACUUAUCGUCGGCGCUUGUAAUCAUUAACGACGAUGCGGCUGGUGGUACUACCAGAGGAGGGGAAGACAUGAAACAAGAGACAGGGAGUGACACGGCCUUGGUCACUGAUAAUAGUGACGGCAUGCACUCCACAGAUGUGGCGGCAUUGCGCUGGGUUUCAAGUGAGAAGAAUAACCACUUUGGUUCACUGUCAAGUUCCUCAAGCAGUGUGGAAGAAGAACAAGGAGAAACUUGGAGAUCUGCAAAAUUACGGAACGAGGGGACUCUCUUUAGAAGCCUGUCGUACCCUCGGGUUAAGUUUCCCAGGCUUCUAUCGCAUGAUGCGAAACGGAGGACAACGGUGAUUGGGAACACCUGCCGCUUGUCCCCUCCGCAUCCGGAAGAAAAAACAUCUCCGGGAUCUUGCCUCACUCUGUUUUCGGGAGUUGGCAGCAGACCUCCGCUGGACUUUGCUGCAGCUUCACUAGGGGAUGCGGAAACGAGCACAUCAUUAUCUGGCUCUUUCUACAGUAACCCUGAAGGUGGAAACGAGGAUGGCUCAUGUUUACGGCAGCAGGAGGACAUGACGAUUUUAACACCGGUGGUGGAGGAGGCAUCCAGGACGAGUAUUUUCAAACCGUUGUCAUUUUUAUACAGUUCUUCAAACCUGCGGAGAAUAUACUCUUGGUCUCAUUGA